AUGUCAACCCCGACGUUGUAUAAAAUUCGAAAAAUCCCCUCAAUGCUCCUUACUCUUGACCACAACAAUCUCCCCUUCCCCCCAAUGGACCACUCUACAGACUCCCAGCAGUACAUUUCCACCUACGAUCCUAAUCCCCCGCGUUCCAGACAGCCUUCUGGCCUCCUGGGCUCCAUAUGGGCCCCACAACCCCAACCUUCAGAGACGACGUGGCCCAGGACUCUUGACUCUUUCUCCAGGGUUGCAGAGAAGGACACAGAACAGGUCGAGCGAACUGAUAUCACCAACAUCGGUUUGCAGUCCUUCAUCAGUCGCGAGGACGUCUUCGGGCCCCCUCAGCCAUCUCAAGUGGGGUCGAAGGAGGUUGGCGCCAUCGGAGACGGCAGGAAGAAAAACAGUCCCGACUUUGGAGACAAGCACGUCGAGCAGUUGCUUCGAACGCUCAAUCUGAACUCGCCGGCCCCCUUCGGACACAGCAGGCCCUCUCCGCUGGCUGUAAGCGUUGAGAAUGCUUCAAACUCUCCCGACUUCUCGCCCGCUUCUGUCUCGUCUGCCCUUUUAACCCCGACUGAUCUUUCCCCUACUGGAAGGAGCUUCGACCCUGUGAAGCUUCAGUCGCCGUAUGAAGUCAACCAUCCCGGCCACCAGUUCAUCAGCCACCCAGCUCUCAUUUUCGAGAGCAACUCCCCCGGUAAACAUCAAGAGAGGUUGGCCCCGAAUUUUCCUCCACCUCGCCAGCCAUUGGCGCAUCUAAAUCACACUCGACAAGCCCCGCAUUCUACGAACCCCUUUUUCGAGCCAUUUGCGGAGAUUGCGACACCUGCAUCUGCUGUGCAGGUUCAUGCCCAGGUAACAAAUCCCACCGAUGUCGCCAACGCCUAUUACAGCUCUCCUCCCACUCGCCGUGUUGACCAUACACGUCUCCCUGCUAUGGACUGGAGGUUGAACCAAGUUCACCAGCCCCAUUCGCAGACGCAGCUACCCUCGGACUGGCGCCAUGCUAGUGAGAAGCCUGUUCCCGAUUUCAACGUGAACGUUGCACAAGCGCAGGAAGAGCCAUUGCGAUCAUCGUUUACUUAUCAACCAUCAUCUACUUCUCAAUCCUUCCAAAAUUCUCAUGAACCGAUCAAUUUUUUAUCCUUGCUUCAUCCUUCCUCUUCCCCUCCAUACCACGUCUUCGUAGCUCGUAUUAUCAAGUCAUCUGACCAGCAGGCUUCCAUUUUUUUGCAGCAGAAACUGAAGGUUGCCGAUCUAGAGGAAAGAGAAAAAAUUGUCGAUGCUAUCUGCGCACGAGGAUUCGAGAUGAUGGCACACCGCUUCGGUAACUGGGCAGUACAACGAUGCUUGGAAGCUGCUUCCACGGCAAAGGAAAGGCAAAAGAUUGUGGCCUGUAUGAGAGGUCGCAUCGUUGACUUGGCGGUUAACUGCUACGGAUGCCAUGUCUUGCAGAAGGCCCUCGAUUGUGAAGAGGAUAUACGUCUCGUAAUUGUUUCUGAGUUGCUACUCGGGGAUCCUGCUCAGACCCUCGUCAAUAAACAUGCUUCCCAUGUCUGGAGCAAGAUAAUGGAAUUAUCCUGGACGCCACCCGCACCACCUAUCUUUGCAUACGUCAACAAGUCUUUGAAGGGGAAGUGGGCGUCGUUAGCGUGUCAUGAGACGGGAUCUCUCGUUGUCCAACACGCCUUUGAGAACCUGGAGGCUGAGGCCAAAGACGGAAUUGUGGACGAGCUGCUCAACCAUGGCUUUGCCAUCUUUAGCGAAGUCACCAAAAGUCAAUGGGGGUCGUACUGUAUCCAACAUAUCCUAGAGCAUGGAUCAGAAAAACACAAACGUAUGACCCUAGAUCAUCUAUUGGACGGCUUGUUAGAAUUUGCCACCAACGAACAAGGAGCGAAAUCGGUCACAAAGGCAUUAAAGGAAGGUGGCGUCGAAACUCUUGAUAAGGUCGUCAGGCGUAUGUGUGAGCCUGCCAAAGGCGCUCGCCGAGCAAUGAUUGUUGACUUGGCGCUUUCUGUCACCGGCAGCCAGUUAAUUGCCAGCGUUUUGCCUACGGCCGACAAAGACCAACGUGCACUCCUGUAUGAAUGCAUUCGAGGUCAUAUUGUGACUCUAAGAGGAUGCAAAACGGGUUCCAAAGUCAUCUGGCUUUUGUGCCGCGCAUACUACGGCUACUAA